AUGAAGCAACGAUUAACAUCACUUGACAUCGCUGCCCUCGUCCCACAACUCACCUCCUCGAUCGUGGACCUCCGUCUUCAGAACAUCUAUGACCUCUCUCAAAACUCCCGAUCCUUCCUUUUCAAGUUCGCAAAGCCAGAGCACAAGCAAAACUUUCUUGUCGAGAGUGGAUUUAGGUGUCACUUGACGACGUACGACCGUGAUCGGGAAUCGCAACCUGGAAAUUUCUGUACAAAGCUGCGUAAACACCUCCGCACCCGCCGCUUGACUUCCGUCCGCCAACUCCGUCGCGACAGAGUUCUCAUCCUCUCCUUUGAAGCUUCGACAGCCGCGGCCUCAUACCACCUCAUCCUCGAGUUCUACGCCGCAGGAAACGUCGUCCUCGUCGACGGCAACUGGAAAAUCAUCGGGCUCCUCCGCGUCGUGAGUGAAGACGAGGGUGGAAAGCGCUACGCUGUCGGCGAAGUGUAUGAUCUCGGACGGGAGGAGGCGGGAAGGGAGGUUGAGAGUAUGACAAAGGAGAAGUUGGAGGGGACGUUGGAGGCGCUCAAGACUGCUACGGAGGCGCCUACCGAGGAGGAUGCCGGGGAUGCGAAGCCUAAUGUGUUUGGUGGGAAGCAGCAGAAGAAGCAGAAACAGAAGGCGCAGACAUUGAAGCGGCAGCUCGCUAUUCAAUGUCCUGUUUAUGGCCCUGCACUCGUUGAGCACACACUUCUCCGUGCAGGAAUCGAGCCGACCAUGAAGAUUACCCCUACUUUCGCGUUGACUCCGGAGCAGACUGAGGCUUUACUCGGUGCAUUCGGAGAAGCUGACGCGAUCGUCAAGCAAUGCGCAGAAACCGACGUCAAGGGCUACAUCAUUGCAAAACGUACCCCACCCGCCACCGGCGAGGGCGAAGACAUCAUCACCUACGAAGACUUCCACCCCUUCCUGCCUACCCAAUUCACCGGCAAGACCAGCACCGAGAUCCAGGAAGUGGAAGAUUACAAUAAGACAGUCGACACCUACUUUUCUCAUCUCGAGUCACAGAGUGCCGCGGCGAGGUUGAACAACGAACACGUCCGCUUCGCCGAAAAACUUAGCAAAGCCCGUUCGGAACACGCGGGGCGUAUCGAAGCCCUCAAGGGUGCGCAAGACAUGGCCGUCCGCAAAGCCGCCGCGAUCGAAGGUUCUCUGGGAAGGUGCGAUGAGGCUAUGGAGGGUGUUCGUGGCCUCAUGGAGCGCGGUAUGGAUUGGCGUGACAUCCAGACCCUUAUCGAUGGUGAGCGCUCGAGGGGGAAUGAGGUCGCUAUGAUGGUUGCAGGGUUGGAUUUGGGACGGAAUGUGGUGAAGCUUAGGUUGGCUGAAGAGGAUGACGAGGAUGAUGAUGAGGAGAGUGAGGAUGAGACGGAUGAGGAGACGGAUAGUGAAGGCGAGGAGGAGAAGGAUCGUGGGAAGGGUGAUGCGAAGAAUUAUUUAGAGAUUGAGAUGGAUAUUGGGUUGAGUGCCUAUGCAAAUGCUCGGUUAUACUACGACAAGAAGCGAUCUGCGGCCACGAAAGAGGAGAAGACUCUUCAGGCUUCCUCCAUGGCACUCAAGUCGACCGAGAAGCGUAUUGCUGCUGACCUGAAGAAAAGCUUGAACAAGGAGCGGUCCGUAGUGAAGCCUAUGCGGAAAGUCAACUGGUUUGAAAAGUUCUUGUGGUUCAUCAGUAGUGAUGGAUACCUUGUUCUUGGAGGCCGAGACAUGCAACAGAACGAACUACUUGUCCGAAAAUACCUCAAGCGUGGUGAUGCGUACGUACAUGCCGAUCUCCACGGUGCUGCGACUGUGAUCGUUAAGAACCACGUCACCUCCUCCACCUCGGAACCCCCUCCGAUCCCUCCUACUACCCUCACGCAGGCCGGAACCCUCACAGUCUGUACCUCCCGCGCCUGGGAUGCCAAACAGGUGACCUCAGCCUACUGGGUCUACGCCGACCAAGUCAGCAAGACCGCGCCCACGGGUGAAUACCUAACCACCGGUUCCUUCAUGAUCCGCGGUAAGAAGAACUUCUUGCCGCCUGUGCAGUUGGUUCUUGGGUUUGGUGUCUUGUGGUUGAUUGAUGAGGAGAGUCGGGGGAGGCAUGUGAAGCAUAGAAUUGCGGAGGAGGAUUUGAAGAAGGAAGAGGAGGUGCCGAUUGAGGAGGAGGAGGUUCAGACACCGGUGACGGAGAAGAGUGAGGAGGAGGCUAACGAGGAUGUGCCGAUUGUUGAUGAUGGUGGGCAGGAAGAGGAGGAUGAGGAGCGUGGUCUUGCUGAUGAGACUUUGCAGGAGCCUGUUGUUGAUGCCGCCGAGUCGCCGGCUGAUUCUGCAUCUGAGAGCGAGGAUGAAGAUGAGGAUGCGUUCCCUGAUACCCAGAUUCAGGACAUCCCCGCAGAAGCCUCCGCUGACUCAAAGAAUGAAGAGGAGGACAAGUAUGCUUUGGAGGACUUUGGUGCAGACGAGGACGAGCAAGCAGCUGACGCCGAUGGUAACGAAGGAAGCAAGGCUGCGGGCGGCAGCAAGUAUAUCAGUGCUAAGCAGCGCCGUGAGAUGCGCAAGCAGAAGGCGGCCAAGGGUGACUCGAGUAUCCUUGCCAGCGCUGGAGAACCCGGUUUGGACAAUGCCGGAUCCUUGGAAGAUGUUCUCGCCGCUGUGUCCUUGAAGGACAAGAAGUCCAAGUCCUCUCCGCCUCCUAAGCAGGAGAAGAAGGAGAAGCAAGCUCCUCCACCUCCGAAGAAGCGUGGGCAGAAGGCUAAGCAGAAGAAGAUCGCGGAGAAGUACAAGUUUCAGGAUGAUGAGGAUCGUGAAGUUGCGAUGAAGCUUCUCGGAUCUGCGAAUAAGUCCAAGAAGCAGCUCGAGGAAGAGGAGCGUCAGGCAAAGAGGGCUGAGCAGGAAGCUGCACAGAACAAGAAGGCAGCUAGACAAAACGCUCAGCAAGGAAAGCCCGCUGGCCCCAAGCUCGACGCCGAAGCGAAGAGGUUGUUGAAGGAGGAGAACAUCGAGGUUUUGGACGAAGAGGAGCAAGAUCUCGUCACACCCCUCGACGCAUUCACGCCUACACCCUUCGCAGGCGACAACCUCCUCGACGCAAUCCCCGUCUGCGCUCCCUACUCCGCCCUCGCCCGCUACAAAUACAAAGUCAAGUUCCAGCCCGGUCCUACCAAGAAGGGUAAAGCAGCAAAGAGUGCCAUUGCUUACUUUACUGGCAUGCCGCUCGACGCGAAGAGUGAGGACGUAGAAAUGAUGUGGCCCAAGGAAAGGGAUUUGAUGAAGGGGCUGAAGGAUACAGAGUUGAUUAUGCCGAUUGGUGUGAGUAAGGUGAAGGUUAGUACUGCUGGGAAGCAGGAGACGAAGGGGAAGGGAAAGGGAAAGAAGGGCGGGAAGAAGGAGAAGGAUGGGCUUGUCCUUGGAUAA